CGGUGGGAGAAGCAGCAGCAGCAGCAGCAGCGGCCGUCGCUGCUGCUCGGGAGAGACGGGAAAGGGGAGAGGAAGCCGAGAGCCAGGAGCGCGGGGGAGCGGGCUCAUGACUCAGUGAGUGGCUGCAGCCCCUUUCCAGCCCCGCGCCCGGCCGGAGUCGGGGCGACCGCGACGGAUUGUCCCGCAGCCUGUGCCCGGCACCAGCGAGAGAGAGACCUGCGCUCGUCUGCAGUGCAGCAUCUGCCAUGUCUACAGAGGGGCAGAGAGUGGAUGAUAGUCCAAGCACUAGUGGAGGCAGCUCUGAUGGAGAUCAGCGUGAAGGUGUUCAGCAGGAACAAGAAAGGGAGCAAGUUCAACCCAAGAAAAAAGAGGGGAAAAUAUCAAGCAAAACAGCUGCUAAAUUGUCAACUAGCGCUAAAAGAAUUCAGAAAGAACUUGCAGAAAUUACAUUAGACCCUCCUCCGAACUGUAGUGCUGGACCCAAAGGAGACAACAUUUAUGAAUGGAGGUCAACUAUACUGGGGCCUCCAGGGUCUGUAUAUGAAGGUGGAGUUUUCUUCCUUGACAUAACCUUUUCACCGGACUAUCCCUUUAAACCACCCAAGGUAACGUUCCGGACAAGGAUCUACCACUGUAACAUUAACAGCCAAGGCGUCAUCUGCCUGGACAUUUUAAAAGACAACUGGAGUCCAGCGUUAACCAUUUCUAAAGUUCUCCUCUCCAUCUGCUCCCUCCUCACAGACUGUAACCCAGCUGACCCCCUGGUUGGAAGUAUUGCCACUCAGUACAUGACCAACAGAGCAGAGCACGACAGAAUGGCCAGACAGUGGACCAAGCGAUACGCCACAUAGGAACCUCCUCUAGGAUUUGCUGGACCUGUGCAAGCACAUUCACUAAGUGCAUCAAUAGCCCUUCCCUUCAUUCUUAUUUUUUAUUCAAUUUUGAACCAUUUUGUGACAAAAAGUUGUCCUUACUUCCUUUUUUGUUUCGUUUCGGUUGAUUUUAUUUUUAUUUGUUCUGGGUUUUUUUUUUUUUUGUUCUGUUAACUUGAAAGUUGUUUCCCUCAAAUGUAGACAGGGAAUUUUGGUUAUCAGUGCAAAGAAUGUUGGAUCUGUAAUAGUAUAGAGCUUUAUCAGAAAGCUUUGUAUUAAUGUGUGGGGUUGGUUUGUUUUGGUUUUUUUUCUUUCAUGUGGUUUUGGGGAAAACAAACAAAUUCAGAAUUAUAUCUCGUUUCUACUUAAAUGUAGUGUUUAGGGUUAUUUUUUUGUACUGAAGUCUUUAAUGGUGGGUGCAUGCUACUGGGAACAAGUUUUGUAUAAAAGCUUAAAAUCAAGAAUCACUGUGCAUUACUAAGACUGUGUUUAUCACUAGCCUUCUGUUUCCCACACAAAAGGCUAUUGCAUUGAACAAAUUAAUAUGUAUUUUGAUUUACUUAAAAAACAACAAAAAAAAGUGCUUGUAAAUUUCUUAGGGACCUGCCACUUUUGACUGUGGAUCAGUUGAUGUACACUUGUAUUAUUAAAGCACUCAAUAAAACACUGUGGCUGAUAAAUGCA